AUGGUGGCUUCUGGGCCGGCUCAGGCCGCACUGGGCUCGCCCAAUGGCCAGAACCAUACGAUCACGCCGAUUGACGAAAACUAUCUGUCCGAUCGAGUCCUCCGACGGACGCAGUAUCUAUACUCGGCCAUCCUCCUAGUCGCGUUCGUAGGCUUAGCUGCCUGGUACAGUGUCUACAACGCGAAGAAGACGGACGAUGUCGUCGAGUCCACCGUCAAAGGCCCAGGAGGCAAGCCUCUUCCCGUCACGCGCACCAGGAAGAAGGAUGAUGGAGAGCGCAAACUCGGUCCCCAUUUCGGGCUACUGGCAAAGAACGUCUUCCGAGUCCUAGCAGCCGGAGUAUUCCUGGCCUACGUUGCCAGCGACGUGCUGGUCGCUCGUCACGCCUUCCAGUACGAUGAUCCAUAUCGGUGGUCCAAAUCAGGGCUGAGUUGGGGCGGCGAAUGGUCGGUGGUUCACCUCCUUGGUGCCACGUUCUUCCACCUCUACAUUUUCGUCUCGCUCUUCGACUGGCGCAAGGGGCCCAAUGUUGUGCAUCUUACAGUGUGGAUCCUGGCGCUUGCCGGAGAAAUCACAAUCGCUACUACGACCUACAAAGCUGCCGUCGAAUGCCACGCCGACCGUGAGCCAUACGCCCCUGGUGCCAGGACCCGCGGCAGAGAGACUUGCUUAGACUACUGGGCGAAAGUCGAUCUCGUUCUGUAUUUCAUACGUAUGCUGUUCCUAUUGGCCCUAUGCGGCUUCUUUGGAACUGCCUGGAUCAACAAGGCUUGUAGUCGAUCGGAGUCGAAGCUCGAGGACGGCCCUUCGGAGACCGAACGAACUCCCCUACUGAAUGGUCACCAACGAUCAUAUGACUCGCAGAAUGGUCAUCCGAAUGGUGGCGCUGAGACCAAUGGCGACCACGUUGUCAACGGGACAGUCAAGACGCAUGAUGCGCAAGGCCGACGGAAGCGAGGGCGUACCAUUUCCAAUGCCAAGAAGCCAACGGCCCAGGUCAAGGAUGGCGACGACGGUGCGGCUUUCUAUCGUCAGAAAAAGCUAACGCACAAAACCUGGUGGGAGUAUAUGCGCGGCUACACGCUCUUUUUCCCAUACCUAUGGCCCAAGGACUCUAGGAAGCUGCAACUCAACGUCUUGCUCUGCUUCAUCCUUGUCAUUCUUCAACGCCUCGUCAACGUCGCUGUACCUCGACAGAUUGGGCGGGUCGUGGACAAACUUGUCUUCGCCGUUGAGGACGUCAAGGCAGGCAACCCCUUGACUCUCGACUCGUUCCCACUCGCGGACAUGAUGCUCCUGGGCGCAUUUUGGACCCUCCAGGGACAAUCUGGGCUUCUAGGCGCUCUGCGUUCGAUGCUGUGGAUUCCAGUUUCUCAGUAUUCCUACCGUGGGCUGACGACCGCGGCUUUUAACCACGUCCACUCACUGAGUCUUGACUUCCACUUGUCAAAACGGACAGGCGAGGUUCUCUCCGCACUCAACAAGGGCUCAUCAAUCAACAACUUCCUCGAGCAGGUCACCUUCCAGGUGUUUCCCAUGCUUUUCGACCUUCUCUUGACCAUCUCCGUCUUCUACUUUGAGUACGGCCCGCUCUAUGCCGAGAUCAACGCCGUAGGUACCUGCUGGUAUCUGUACAUGACCAUCAAAAUGGCGUCUACCAGGGCUGAUCAGAGGCGUGAGAUGACCAACGCUGAUCGCGAGGAGGAAGCGGUGAAGAACGACUCUAUCUCUAGUUACGAGACGGUCAAGUAUUUCAACGCCGAAGGGUUUGAAGCUCGCCGUUACAGGGAGAAGGUUGGGCUGUUCCAAGAUGCGGAAGCAAAGGUUCAGUUCGGCAUGGUCAAGAUGAACAUUUGCCAAGCUAUCGUGUAUAACCUCGGAAGAGUUCUGGCGGCCACUGUUUGUGGCUGGCAGGUGGCUAUGGGUGUUCGCACGCCAGGGCAGUGGUUCACGAUCGUCUCCUACCUCACCCAACUGCAAGGUCCGCUCAACUUCUUCGGCACGUUUUAUCGCACAGUGCAGCAGGCCAUGAUUUCUGGAGAACGCCUGCUUGAACUUUUCAAGAUCCAACCAACAGUUGUUGACACGCCACACGCCAAACCCCUCAAAAACUUCACCGGUCGCGUUGAGUGGAAGAACGUGUGCUUUGCAUACGACUACCGGAAGCCAGCCCUAAAGAAUGUCAGUUUCAAAUGCGAGCCUGGAACGACCACAGCCUUUGUCGGUGAGUCCGGAGGCGGCAAAUCGACGCUGUUUCGACACAUGUUUCGCUACUACGAUUGCGACUCUGGCUCCAUUGAACUCGAUGGACAGAAUGUCAAAGACCUCACGAUUGACUCCGUACGGCGCAACAUUGGGGUCGUUCCUCAAGACACCACGUUGUUCAACGAGUCCAUCAUGUACAAUCUCCGAUAUGCGAAGCCUGACGCAACUCGACAGGAGAUUGAGGAAGCCUGUCAAGCCGCAAGAAUCCACGACAAGAUCAUGUCCUUCCCAGACGGGUACGAAUCCAACGUCGGUGAACGCGGUAUGAGAUUGAGCGGGGGUGAGAAGCAACGUGUUGCCAUUGCACGUACUAUUCUCAAGAACCCCGAGAUCAUCAUGCUGGACGAGGCCACGUCGGCCUUGGACUCACAUACCGAACAAGAAAUCCAAGAGAACGUAUGGAGCGUUGGGCAAGAUAAAACUCUCUUGAUCAUCGCACACCGACUGUCAACAAUCACACACGCGGAUCAAAUUAUUGUCUUGCACGCCGGAGAAGUUGUUGAGCAGGGUACCCACGAUGAGCUCCUCUCUAGAGGCGGGCGUUAUGCGUCCAUGUGGCGUAGGCAGAGCCAAGCUGAGAAGGCCGAACGUGAGGCUAGUGUCGCCACGAAGAAAGCCCAGCGGGCGGUGAAAAAGGCGAGGCUGGAUCAGGUCUCUGUCGAUCUCGGCAAGAUUCAUAACAGGCACAACUCGGGAUCGUAUCAAGACCAUGACUGCCACGACGCCAACCAUGAAGGCACCGAGGAAGGUUCCUCCCAGUCGAGCACAUCUACGUCCAGUUCGGAUUGCGAGUCCACCCACUCGGCCGAGGCACGAAACGAGGAAGAUCCGAAGCCCCGUUCCAGCCACGGCUGA